CAUCUGGCCCUCCCUUGUCACGUGUCAGGCAUGAAUAAGCCACUGGUUCUGGGCAUUUCUGGUAAGCCCCAGGGACUGCAAGUGGCCAUCGCCAUCUCUGAGGAGAGCUCUGAUCACAGUGUUUCCAGCACAGAGCAGUGGCCAGGCCACCCAAAGGAGCUCCGCCUGGACUUUGGCUCAGCGGUGCCACUGAGGACCCGUGUGAAUCGCCAGCUCAUCCUCACCAAUCGCUCUCCAAUACAGACCCCCUUCUCCCUCAAGUUUGAGUACUUCGGGAGCCCCCAAAACAGCCUGAGCAAAAAGACUAGCCUCCCUGACAUGCCUCCUGCCCUGCUAAAGACGGUGCGGAUGCGACAGCACUUGGCCAAGCGAGAGCAGCUGGAUUUUAUGGAGAGCAUGUUAUCUCACGGGAAAGGAGCUGCUUUCUUCCCCCACAUUUGCCAGGGCAUGCUGGGGCCCUACCAGCAGCUAUGUGUUGACAUCACAGGCUGUGCCAAUAUGUGGGGCGAGUACUGGGACAAUCUCAUCUGCACGGUGGGAGACCUGCCGCCGGCAGUCAUCCCAGUGCACAUGGCAGCGGUGGGCUGCCCCAUCAGCUCCCUGAGGACCACCUCCUACACUGCUGACCAGGCCCAGAAGGAACCAGCCAUCAGGUUCGGCACCCAGGUCUCCGGAGGAGACACAGUUACCCGAACACUUCGCCUGAAUAACUCCAGCCCCUGUGACGUCCGCCUGGAUUGGGAGACCUAUGCUCCGGAAGACAAGGAGGACCGGCUGGUGGAGCUGCUAGUGUUUUACGGGCCGCCCUUCCCACUGCGGGACGCAGCUGGGAAUGAGCUUGUGCGCCCUGACUCUCCUGAGGGUAGCUGCCUCCUCUGGUCCCCAAGCCCCUCCCGUUCAUCAGAAUUCAGCCAUGAAACUGACUCGUCGGUUGAGGGCAGCUCCAGUGCCAGCAGCGGGGCAGCACAGAAGCUCAUCUCUGUCAUCCUGCAGCCACACGAGGGGGUGCCCUCCGGCCGCCUGUACUCUGUCAGCCCCAAGCAGGUGGUGGUCCCUGCUGGGGGCAGCAGCACCAUCUACAUCUCCUUCACACCCCUGGUGCUCAGCCCCGAUAUCCUGCACAAGGUGGAGUGUACUGGCUACGCCCUGGGUUUCAUGAGCUUGGACAGCCAGGAGCAAAGGGAGAUUCCAGGGAAGAGGCGUCGCCUGCAGGACUUUGCGGUGGGACCCCUGAGACUGGAGCUACAUAGCUAUGUGAGGUCCGCACGGCUGAGUGUGGAGCUGGACCACAGCGGCAGCAUGGAAUUCCGGUGCCAGGCCAGUGACCUCAUUCCCCAGCGGCCCUGCUCUGGGGUGCUGAGUGAGCUGGUGACUACCCAUCACCUGAAGCUGACCAACACCACGGAGAUCCCACACCACUUCCGGCUCCUGGUCUCCAGGCCCUUCUCCGUUUCUCAAGAUGGGGCGAGCCGGGUCCACAGAGCUCCUGGCCCUGGCCAGAAGCAGGAGUGUGAGGAGGAGGCAGCCUCAGCGGGCAAGCAGCUGGUGCUCCGAGCACAGGAGAACAUGCUGGUGAACGUGUCCUUCACGCUCUCCCUGGAGCUGCUCUCCUAUCAGAAGCUCCCGGCUGACCAGAUGCUGCCUGGGGUGGACAUUCAGCAGAGCGCGAGUGGAGAGAGAGAGAUGGUGUUUACGCAGAACCUGCUCCUGGAGUACACCACCCAGACCACUCAGGCAGUGCCCCUGCGGGCCGUGGUGGCCGUGCCUGAGCUGCAGCUCUCCACCAGCUGGGUGGACUUUGGGACCUGCUUUGUGAGCCAGCAGCGAGUCCGGGAGGUCUACCUGAUGAACCUGAGCGGCUGCCGAAGCUACUGGACUAUGCUGAUGGGCCAGCAGGAGCCAGCCAAGGCCGCUGUGGCCUUCAGGGUCACCCCAAACAGUGGGCUGCUGGAAGCACGAUCCACCAAUGCCCCCCCAACCUCCAUUGCCUUGCAGGUUUUCUUCACUGCCAGCAAUGAGCUGUACGAGUCCACAGUGGUGGUGGAGGGUGUGCUUGGCGAGAAGUCCUGCACCCUGCGGCUCCGGGGCCAGGGCUCUUAUGAUGAGAGAUACAUGACGCCUCCCCAGCCCUCAACCCCAGGCCCCAGCUGCAGAAUAAACGUUGCCAGGGAUUAGGAGCAGACCUUCAGCACAAAGACACAGACUUGAGGCCCUCUGAACAGCUCCUAGAAUGGAAGAAGAACCCCCUUCCACAAUGGUCUCAGCCUAGGCCUUCAUGUUGGCUCAGAGCCACACCACAGUAGAGACCACUGCACUGAGAAUCACCACACACACUGCACAGCGAAGACCAGUAUGGCAGAAUUCCCCUUGGGAAAAAACCACAGCCACUAAGAUAAAUUCUUGCACAUUUACUA